AUGGUCCUUUCAGCCAGCGAAGAGAUAGCUAAUUCCCAGCCCAGUGGUAAUGGUAAGACGUCAUUAGACAUCAAGCAGAAUGAAGGGAAUCCUCAAUUCAAUCCAAGAAAUCUUUGGCCUGAUAUAAUCAAAUGCCCGAAGAAUGAAUGGACAUUCGAGUAUACUGAUAUAAUUAAAAGGUUAGGUACUGAUGAGGAGAAAAUUCAAUUGACGAAGAAGAGAAUGGAGAAGUGUCUCAUGUACUUCCAUAAAUUGAGGAAGGAGAUGAAACUUUUCGAUCAUACUUACACUGCAGCAUGUAUAUUAUUCUACCGUUAUUGGUACAAGUAUGAUCUUCCGCCUACUAUACCUCAAUGCAUCCAUUUGGCGCAAGCUAUUCUAGUUACGGCCUGCAAAACCAUGGAAAAUAACAGACCAACUGACCACUAUAUAAAAGCAACUUGUGAUUUCAUGAUGAAAGAUGGCCCGUCCCCAACUGGUCAGAAGUUGAACGUGGAGAAAUUGAAAUGGGAGGUCAGGGACCAACUUGUUUCAUAUGAAAAGAAAGUGUUAUGUCAGUUAGGGUUCGACCUUGACAUUGACAAUCCGAAAGAACUUAUAGAGGAAAUAUUCAGUGGAUAUUACAGACAUGUUAGAGAUACUGAUAUUGAUGCAUCACUUCGAGAGAUUUUCCCCGUGAUUUUACAAGAAGCAAGAAAUUUCAUCAUCCAAACAGGAACACAGCCAAUUUCAUUGCUAUGUGAUGGAUACACACUUGUGGCCUUAGCCCUAAUAUUCGCUGGUGUGACCUUUCAAAAAAACAAAGAACCGGGCUUCAGCUUCCCUCAUAACUUCUUCAGGAGGCGUUUCCCAGUAAUUAUAACCAGUGAAAUCAUUGCUUCGUUGUUCUCGCAUUAUCAACAACUUGAAAAAGCCUUUUUCGAUUUGAAGAGCAACAAAAAUAGCGCUUUAUCCAUUACUGUUGACGAAAUAGACAAAGUGAUAGAUGAAGAUAGACAGUUAGAUCCCGAACCAUUCAACCCUUACGACUACGACAUCAUAAAGGAGGGAGAAGUCAAUGAAGAACUUUUGAACUAUACCGAAAGAAAGAUCGAAGAGCUUUCGAAUAGAAUCAUGUCUGAAAGAAGCAUAAAAAGACCUUCAGAGCCACCCGCCGAACAAGCUACGAAGAAACCGAGAUUUUGA